AUGAGCAGCUUAAAAGGCAAAGUCAUCGCCAUCACCGGCGCGGCGUCGGGCAUCGGCCUGGCGACGGCGAAACACAUUGCAUCCCUCGGCGCGCGGGUGUCUAUAGCGGACGUCAACGAAGAGCUUUUGAACGCCGCUGAGACGGAGCUCACGGGGCUCUUGGGGGCGGAGAACGUGCUGUCCAAGAUCGUCGACGUCAGGGACCGCAAGGCCGUCGAAGCCUGGAUCGCCGAGACCGUCGAGAAGUUCGGUCCGCUCGACGGCGCGGCCAAUGUCGCCGGCGUCCUCGGACGGCAGGGAAACAUCGCCAAGGUCACGGAGAUUGAGGACGACGAGUGGGAUUUCGUCAUGGGCGUCAACGCGAGGGGCGUCCUCAACGCCAUGAGGGCCGAGAUCCCCGCCCUCGGUGACGGCGGCAAGGGCAAGAGCAUCGUGAAUGUUUCGUCGGUGGCCGGGCAUUACGGUCUGGAGUUCCACGGGGCGUACACGGCGAGCAAGCAUGCCGUCGUUGGCCUGACCAAGAGCGCCGCGAGGGAGUUUGGAAGAAACGGGCUGAGGAUCAACGCCAUUUGCCCCGGCGCGAUCGAUACACCGAUCCUGAGAAAAGCUUUGGAGACUGCGGAGACGGGGGCUGAUAUCUUCUCGCCGCUCUUGGGCAGAACUGGAGAGCCUAUCGAGGUUGCUACGGCGAUUGCUUUCUUGCUUGGGGAUGAGGCAUCGUAUGUAACGGGGCAGGCUUGGUUGGUCGAUGGAGGGUCUUUGCCCUAG